CUCGGAGGAGCUGGGAGCGGCCCUGUAACCCCCACCCCCCUCCCCGUCAGCGCCUCCACAGAAGCGGCUGUUUCUGUCAGACAUGCCGCGGCUCGGCGCCGUCUUCUCGGCGUGUCAGUGAGCGGGCAGGGCUGAGCCUCACGCCGGGAUGGAGCGCAGCGACAGCGGCGAGCCUGACAGCGGCGCCCCGCAGAGCACCAUGUGGAAGCAGAUCCAGGCGCGCGCCAAGCCGCUGCUCAGCCCCAAGCUGGGCGCGCGGGACCCGGACGACAGGAAGGAGCGCAGCGGCUGGGUGUUCCGGAAGAUGAAGCGGCGGGACCACGCCGCUCUGGACCGGGUCAUCUCGUCGUCGCAGCCCGACCUGCUGUCCGCCGCUCAGGUGGAGGCGGAGGAGGCGGCGCUCUGCGGCAAAGCGCCCGGCGGUGGCGGCGGCGCUCCGGGCCGGGACAACCGGGACAAGCCGCUCUGCUCCGGGAAGCGCGGGUCCGCCGCGGGCGUGCACAAGCCCACGGUGGCGCAGCUGGUGCAGUCCCACCACAAGAGCUCCUCCGUGGGCUCCGCGUGCGCAGAACUGUCCGAGCCCGCGAGCGGCGGCGGUGACGCGGCGGCCGCAGCAGCGGCGGAGGCGGCGCGGGAGCGCGCCGGGCCGGGCAUGGCGGCCUCCUGCUCCUCCGGAGAUCCUCCUCAGCCGGCCACCUCCAGCUCCGGCGUGUACAAGCUGGACAUCGUGCUGAAGAGAGGACACAACCUGGCCAUCCGGGACAGAGGAGGUACCAGCGACCCCUACGUCAAGUUCAAGCUGGCUGGAAAGGAAGUGUUCAGGAGCAAGACCAUCCACAAGAACCUGAACCCGGUGUGGGAUGAGAGGACCACGUUGGUGGUGGACAGCCUGAGCGAGCCUCUGUACGUGAAGGUGUUUGAUUACGACUUUGGCCUCCAGGAUGACUUCAUGGGGUCAGCCUUCCUGUACCUGGAGUCUCUGGAGCAGCAGAGGACGAUUCCCGUGACUCUGGUCUUGAAGGACCCUCACCUCCCGGAUCAGGACCUGGGAUCUCUGGAGCUCGCCGUCACGCUGACGCCUAAAGACAGCCCCCUGCAGGAGCCGCGCGACAUGACGACCAUGCUGCUCAGGAGGUCCUGGAAACGCUCCACAAAGCAGCAGUCCAUGCGUCUCUCGGAGGUGCAUCGGAAAUCUCAGUUGUGGCGAGGGAUCGUCAGCAUCGCGCUGAUCGAAGGUCGGAACCUGAUUCCCAUGGACCCCAACGGUCUGAGUGAUCCGUAUGUGAAGUUCAGGCUGGGACCACAGAAGUACAAGAGCAAGACCAUGCAGAAGACCCUGAGUCCUCAGUGGAGGGAGCAGUUCGACCUGCAUAUGUACGAGGAGUCCGGAGGAGUCCUGGAGAUGACGGUGUGGGACAAAGACACCGGCAGGAGAGAUGACUUCAUUGGACGCUGCCAGCUGGACCUCUCCUCUCUGGCCAAGGAGCAGACCCAUCACCUGGAGCUGCCAUUGGAGGAGAACCGAGGCGACCUGGUGCUGCUGGUCACGCUGACCGCCACAGCCGCUGUGUCCAUCACAGACCUGUCCAUCACGCCGCUGGACGACCCCUAUGAGCGCAGGGAGAUCCACAAGCGAUACAGCGCCAGGCGGUCAUUCUCUAACUUCAAAGACGUGGGCGUCGUUCAGGUGAAGGUGCUGAGAGCAGAAGGCCUUAUGGUUGCAGACGUCACCGGUAAAAGCGACCCGUUCUGCGUGCUGGAGCUGAACAACGACCGCUUGCAGACUCACACGGUUUACAAGAAUCUCAACCCGGAGUGGAACAAAGUCUUCACUUUUAAUGUGAAGGACAUCCACUCGGUGCUGGAGGUGACGGUACUGGACGAGGACAGAGACCGGAGCGCCGACUUCCUGGGGAAAGUGGCCAUCCCUCUGUUAAGCGUCCAUAACGGCCAGCAGAGGGCGUACCUGCUUAAAAACAAAGAGCUGACAGCCCCCACCAAAGGAGUCAUCCACCUGGAGAUCGAGGUCAUCUACAACACUGUUAAAGCUGCUUUUAGGACGGUCGUUCCUGCAGAGCAGAAAUACAUCGAGGAGGAGCCCAAAGUCUCCAAGCAGCUGCUGCAGCAGAACUUCAACCGGGUGAAGCGCUGCAUCCUGGUCCUCAUCAGCUACGGCGCCUACAUCAACAGCUGCUUCGAGUGGGAGUCGGCGCAGAGGAGCAUCCUCUCCUUCGUGCUGUUCGUGGUGGUGGUGUGGAACUUCGAGAUGUACAUGCUGCCGCUGUUCCUGGUGCUGCUGCUCGUCUGGAACUGCUGCUUCUCCUCCAGCAGAGAGACGACUGACGGGUCCAUGGAGGCCAUGUUUGAAUGGGAGGAUGAAGAGGAAGACAAGGAGGACAAGGACUCGGAGCCCAAGGGCUUCAUGGAGAAACUCUACGCCAUCCAGGACGUGUUCAUCAGCGUGCAGAACGCUCUGGACGAGGUGGCGUCAUUCGGAGAAAGAGUCAAAAACACUUUUAACUGGACCGUGCCUUUUCUGAGCUGGUUGGCGAUCGCUGCCUUAUGUUCGGCCACAUUUCUACUCUACCUCAUUCCUCUACGAUACCUGGUGCUCGCGUGGGGUGUCAAUAAGUUCACCAAGAAGCUGCGAGACCCGUACAUGAUCGAGAACAACGAGCUGCUCGACUUCCUGUCUAGAGUCCCGUCAGACGUUCAAGUGAUGCAGUACCGAGAGCUGAAGGUUGAUCCCGGACAAAGCCCCAACAAACGCAGGAGGACCAACCCCAGCUAGCUGUAGACACUCGACUGUAAACUAAACGUAAACUGUAAACUAAACGUAAACUGUAAACUCUCAUGUACAUUUGGGUUCUAGAGUAGUGACUGAAGCUUUCUGUUCCUGUGAAGUCUUAUUUUCUAAACUUUUGAACAGAAAUCUUUUUUUACAGACUUUUAUUUCUCACCAAACUGGAGUUAGAAAUGUUUGAUGAAUGUGUGUUAAAGUGUCUGCAUGAAUCAGUGGCGUGCUGCUGCCGCCACCGCCGCCGCCGCCGCUGCAUGAACACGGCUGCAUCAAGUCUUACGAUUAUUGCUCUGAAUAUUUUUGUACAGUUUGAGUCGAGACUGAGCUGCAUGUUUGUUCUGCUGCUGCUCUGUGUUGUCCUCGUACACACAUGUACACACAUGUACACAAAUGAAAACUAUAUGCUGAAUCCAGCCAGUCAGGGAAACUAGUGUUGCCAUGGCGAUUUCAACCAAAGUCCAGAGAAUUUUUACCCUCCAACGUUUUAUUGUUGCGAGUUUGUCUUAUUUUUGUUUCACUGUGACUUUAAGUGGAACUAUUUUUAUGACUGCUGUCAUUUGGUUUCAGUUUUUUAUUCAUUUUUUAUUGCAUGAAUUAAAAAAAAGAUGAAUUUUGUUUCUGUUUAAUUUUUAUGAUGAUUUUUUUAUUUUUACUACAAUCUGCAGAAAUUAAUGAUACUUAUCAAAAAACUACUAUAGCAGUAAUCGUCUUUGUCAGUAGAAUUCUAUUCAGACUAAAUAAUAAAAAUAGAAACUUUUGAUUUUGAAAUGAUCUAAGCCAUAAAGAGAAAUUUCAGAAUAAAAGGUUCUACGUUGAGAAGAAGCCAUGGAUUUAAAUAUCUGUUAGCUCUGCAUUCUGGCUGAACUGUUUUAGAGACAAAAAAAUGUUUUUGUCAAAUAUCAAAAAUGAAAAUCCGAUUGAAACAGUUCAAGGAUCAAACUGACUAAAACUCUUGCUGUAGAAUUCAGAGGAUGAAGUCAAAGUUUCAGUCGAAUCACUUUCAAACAGAAAAUACUAAUUUAUACUUUUUUACUUCUUUUUCUAAAUGUAUUUUUGUGUCUUCUCCCUGUGUGUGACGCUGUUGUUGGUCUGCAUGUCUGAGCAGACGUCAGUGUUUACCUGCAUGACUGAACAUUAACUCAAUGGAUGUGGAGGCGUCUCAAUCGAUGUUAUUGAUCGGAUGGAAAGCUUUCUCUGAGAUAAACUUAUAUAUUUCUUCACACAA